AUGGCUCAACAAACAUUUUCCACUCCCAACGGCUUCGCCAUGCAGUCCUCGGGUCUCGCUUCUAGGCGAGGCGGGCAGUCCAUCAAGCCCCUCUCAGUUGAGGCUCUCAAGUCUCCUGUUGAUUCCAAGGAAAAUGCUAUUCCCACGCCCCGAACAGCUCGCGGGCACCUCCUCGCCGGUCUCCGGACCGCACCCAAGUCUGCCGCUGCGUCUACCUUCGCUGCCUCCGGUGCCAACACUUCCCCGACGAACAAGGCUAGGAACAACACUUCCCUGUAUGGCGUCCAGGAGAGCAUGCUGAACAACGGACCGAAGACGUCCCUGCCCAACUUUGGCGCUACUGCCCAGGCGGGUUACCAGAACAACAGCAACAUGGGAUAUGGGCGACAACAGUUCACUCCUGAGCAAAUCCUGGCCCCUCCGGAGAUUCACAUCGACGAACAGGCUGUGGACGAGCAACUGGAUCCGGAUCUGUACGCCAAGCUGGUUCAGCAGAACUUGCAGCUGGCUCAACAGCGCCAGAUGUUGCAGCAGCAGCUGUACGAUCUGACUCAAGCCCAGCAGCAGCUCAGCGCCAUGAACAUCAACGGGCAGCAGAGCUACCAGAAUCUGUACCAGCAACAUCAACUGCAGCAGCAAGCCCUUCAGAUGCAGAGCAUGCUCAACAACACCAUGGCUGGCCAGCAACCGACCAUCUACACCUACAUCGACCCAGCCACUGGUCAGCAGGCUUAUUACAUUGACCAGGGUGCGCAGCUGAACGCUCAAUUCGCGGAACAGUCUCAGUUGAACAUGUACCAGCAACAGCAGCGUCAGCAAAACAGCGCGACUCCACGAGUGCAGGUCUCUCCCCCUAGAGAGGCCGCGCAGCCAGUCUUCCGCAGGAACACGCCUCCCCGCCGCAACGAGUCGCCCCUCAUCGAGAAUCCGGCCCCUCUUCCUCCACCGUCAGCCAACGCUUUCCGACGAGGUCAUAAGAAGUCGUCGUCUCUGAUGCUGUCCGGUAUCCAAAAUGCCAACCUUGCUGCUGCUGCUUCCCAGGAACCCCCCAAGUCCGCUGGCCCAAAGACUGCCAACUUCCCCCUCACUCCCUUGACCGGAGGCUACGGGCCUGGUCAGGCACGAGCCGGUGAACACCCGAUCCGCCAGCCACGGGGCCCACCUUCGAUUGAGGAGCUCAAGGCCAAGCCAUCGGCCAAGCAUGAGGCUUCCAAGAACUUCGCGGCUCACACCCGCCGAUCGGCCCUCAACAACCUGAUGCGGGCUGGUCUCGAGCGCCGCAAGGUUAGCAGCACUGGCAGCAGCGGAUCCAUCAGCCCCAUCUCGGAGACGGCCGAGGAGGCUCAGGGCCUUCUCACGGACAACGAGUCGGAGUCUGGUCGGUCUGGAUCUGGCAGCCUAAAUGGCGAGGAGGUGGAGCCUAGUGUGCCCAGCUCCCGGACGAGCACUGGCAGCUGGGGCGCGAUAGGAUCGGACCGGCCGAGCUCACGCCAGAAGGCUCGAAAGAGCGCUGACAGCGUCAGCAGCGGUUCUGGUGACGAGACCGCUAGCAACGGCAGCUUUGCCAGCGUAUUCAAGCGGACAGGAAGGAAUGGGAGAUCCGACAGUCCUAGUCAGAGGAAGUCUGCCAUGAUGGUUUUGACGUGCGCAGAGAAGCGCAAGAACGGUGUCAUUGUCUCCUGA